AUGAUUUUCCAGAGCUUGUUGCUUAUUGCCAUCGCCGUCGUGACAGCAGGUAACUUUUUCCUCAUUUUCUAUGAGGUAUACUUUUCUUAGACGCCGUACCAUCACCAUGUCCUCUGAAACAAGGAGAGCCGUUGUACAAGUGCGACAACACGGGGAUCAUCGUCAUCGACACAACCACGGACCUCAGCCGCGCCAGAAUCAAUGAGGUUUCCAAUCCAACUGAAAGGAAAGCCUAACCCAACAAAAUAUCAUCUUCAGGUGUUCAAUUUCCUAUACGACCUGGUGCCGAACGUCUCUUUCGAAACGUCCCAACUCAUCUCGUUCAUGACCUACGGCACUGGCACGACCUACACGAAUCCGAUGUCGGCGUACCCAACUGGAGCCUGCAUCGAACUGUCCUCUUUGCAGCAGGCCAGCGAAAAAGAAGGCCAGGACGUGGUUUCACUUGCGGUGUAUGUUUUUCAGAUUAGUAAACAUAAUACCUUGGUUCUAUGUUUCGCAAAAAGUUCUGCUUAUCUUUAGAAGAUAAUGUGAGAAAAAAUAGAUAGCUUAGACAAAAGAGCCUCUCACUGUUCAGAGUCUAAUUGAUCAAAAAACCAAAAAUAGUUCAGAAAGAUACUGAAAAGAUUAUCUCAAUUGAACUGUAUUAGAGGCAUCGAACUUUCAGAGCCCUCCAGUCUCUUCAAGCCAACUAUGCGACGUAUUUGCAAGGCUACAACGUCCGAAUAAUUAUUUUCACUGGUGACACGUGAGUUUAGAAAAAAUCCGAGUUCUCAAAACUUGAAAAAAUCUCCAGAAAGCCUCGAAAAUGUCUACAAACUGAAUCCAUUAUUUUGCAGUCCUGAAUCAAAAAAGUUUAUGAACUAAAAGUUAUCGUAGCCUUUCAGGGACAAGUCGGAUAUUUCCGCUGCAACAGCCGUGGCAAAGCAAACGAUCCCCCACGCCGAGUACACUGUCGUCAACUUGAACAAUGGCGAUUUCAGCGUAAUUCGAAAACUAGAAGUUCAAAAGAGCAAAAAAUGAGAACUUCAGGGUUUUCCCGGAACUGUUUUCAAUACAGCAGGACCCAUAAACAGCUAUCCAGGGUUGAAGAGAUGCAUUCUUGGCAAUCUGUGCCAUCAACAAAGUCAGAAAGGAAAUAUCUUUGAAGUCAAGGUUAUCUGUACUUUCAGCCUACGGAAUCGAACAAGAAGUCGGUUUCCUUGACUAUGGUGGUAGCCCGACUUGUAAGUUUUCAAAUGACCAGAGUAUAAAGAUCAUUCAACUAUAAUACUACAUUUCGAGGCCGAAAACAUAUAUUAUUACUUAGGCGAUAUCAACUCGAUCCCGACAACGACCGCUCGCACCUACGUCAACCGCGGACCACCAAUGCCAUUGUGACUUCGAGAAAAGUCUGGACCGACGUCAUGUUCCUUUUCGACAGCUCAAAAGCUACGACGAAGCAAGGACUUGAUGAGGUGCAAAAUCUAACAUCACUUUUAAAAAAGUGAGAUUUUAUCAGCUUUUGGACCAUGUGAAGGCCGACAUGAGCUUCUUCACGAUCCGCAAGGCGCCGACAACCGAUCCUCUUGUGAGAAAUUUCCGUCUUUUGAAAAUUGUGUAAUAUUUGACUUCAGCAACACACAAGGAUUGGAAUCAUCCAAUACGAUUCUACGGUUUCGGUUUACGCUCCAUUGGGCUCUUUGGAUAACGAUGGUCUCAACGCGAUUGACGAACUUCCUUUCCGCGACGAUCCGAAUCCUAACACGAACUUGGAGGGGUCGGGAUUUCUUGUUACAUUCUAAAAUGAUACAAAACAAAAAUUCGCUUUGAAUUUGGUGGUUAGAUGAUUCAAAGGUGCAAGCUAAUCUUAUAAAGUAGGGCCUUUAGCUUAGAUUUUUAAGGCUUUUCUCUACGCCUUCAAACUUUUUCAAUAUUCGUUUUAAACUUUCAGAGCUAUCAAAGCGGCUCUGACUGAGUUUAAUGGUCCCCAAUCAUCGGACUAACGCCAGAAAAGUUAUCGUCCUUCUGACCACAACUUACAAGUAAAAACCUCUUUUCCUUUUUCCCAUUUCUAAAGAAAAAUCUUCUCUCCUCAGUUCUCUCCAUUACAGACCUGGUCAAUUCUUGGACCCUCAAGAAGCUGCCAACUCGUUCAAGGAAGACAAUGGUGUUCUGGUUGUUUAUGGUGGGGUUUUCAAACUCAAAAGAGGUUUCUUUAAAAAAGAAUAUCUUCAGAAUACAUUGAAAAGCACGGCGCGGUAGCUCCAGAGCUUUACAAUAUUUCUUCAGUCGGUUAUUUCACCACCUCAGACAACGACAUCAACGCCGAUUUUAUAAAAACUUCUCUGUGUCAAGGUUUGAAGUGGUUUUUUUUCGUUCUGGCAAAUAAAUGGCACUUAAGCGAACUGCUUCUGCCCAACCAACUACAACUCAUUCCAAGAUUACGCUGACGGCUCUCCAGCUCUAGGUCUCUUAACCAUACGAAAACAUAAAAAACCAAAUCCCAUAACUUUCCAGGCUGCUACUACGCUUCCUACACUCAGACCAACUGGCAGCUAGCCAACAACAAGUGCAAGGCGUUCAACAACGGUUUCUUGGCUGUCGAUGAGUCACCUGAGAAGCUGCAGUUUCUCCGGCAACGUUGGAAGAUGAUCUUUAGUUGUAGAGUAUAAUGAAAGAUUUAGAAUUCGACAGACCUGUACCUUUCUGGUUGGGUCUUUCCUAUAACAAUGGCUGGAUCGAUACUGAUGGAAUUCCGGUAAGAGGAAACUUAGUAUGACAGAUCUAUUUCAUGAAAUUUCUCAUUAGAUUACUUGAGGUGACAUCAUCAAGCUAAAACCAAAGUUUACCAGACCAAAAGUCAGUUUCAAAAAAAAAUUCGACCAACCAUAGAAAAAAAAAUCUAGCAGACCGGAAUUCAGAUCUCAAGGUAUGUAGGGGACUAGUUUUAGAUUGAAGAUUGUUGACGAUAAAAAUUAAAAAGUCCUGGCGAGAAUCCCAUAAAAUAACUAGUCAAAAACCUCCUAUCCUACAUGGGCUAAAGGCCACCGACCCCUCCUACUAAGUUUUCCCAAAUUGAACUUAAUACUACCUCCCUAAGGCUAAAACAUAUCAUUGAGACCGAAAUUACUUACCCGAGGUUGAAACUUAUAUCCUGAUUUUCCCAAACUUUUGUAUGCCAACCCCUCCUUCCGGACUGAAUGAGUUCUGUACAUGCCCAUCUAUGAUCCUGACUCAAUUUUCGAAUUUCAGCUGACCAAUGAAUAUCAAAACUGGGGCGCUGGCGAGCCCAAGUACCAGACUUGUGCCUACGUUCCGCCCACACCCGGUUUCGACCUCAAAUGGGCCGCUGCCAAUGACUGUCGGAACAGUUGCUACUACGUCUGCGAGGCUGCACCUUGUGAUUCCACACGAUAUUGUACGGAUCAGGCCUAA